UGGGUGGGCAGAGCUGCGACUGUGACAAAAGUCAAAUAUAUCCGAGUGACAGCGGCGUUUACAUAGAAAAGAAGAGGAACAUCUGUCUAAUGGCCAAGCUGCUGUAGCCUCUUUAAAACAGGCGAAAUACUGAAAAGUGAUUAUUAAAUUAUUCUGAUAAUCCCUCUCCAGUCCAAGUCUCCUACAGUCACGCAAAUUAAUGAGAUGAUUAAUGAGGAACACCGAUGAAAAGAAGAAGGAAGACGGAGAGGUGAUGGAGGAACCAACACGAAAUUAGACCAAAACAAAUGAACCUGAGGUUUUUUGAAUGAGGGGACCAAGAACACGGUUUUCACGCUUUAUUGAAUGUAAAUAACUUAUUUCUAUCAUGCAGAAGAAAUGGAUUCGUCGGAGGUUACCUGUUUUGAUUCUCACUAUCUUCAUCAUUCUCUACGUGGAUUUUCAAUUACGCACCAGCAGCCCCCCCAAACUCAGCGUGGCUCACCAUCCGUCACUGUUUGUGCUUCUGCGCCCCAUCCAUCGGGCUCCAUCAUCGGCCACGGACGCACAGAACCCAUCAAGCAACAGCAUCAGCGGGGACAGAGGACACCCAGUCUCCGGAGUUGCACAUGUCACCCAGCCGAAACUGAAGCUGGAGGACAUCUUCGUCGCUGUGAAGACCACCGGCAGGUUCCACAAGACGCGUCUUGCGCUCCUGUUGGAGACGUGGAUCUCCAGAACCAAGGCGCAUACUUUCAUUUUCACAGACACGGAGGAUGUGGACUUGCAGUUAGAAGGUUACAACAUGGUGGUGACAGGCUGCCAGUCGGAUCACAGUCAGCAGGCUCUGUCCUGCAAGAUGUCUGCUGAGUAUGACGGCUUCAUGGCCUCAGACAAGAGGUGGUUUUGCCAUGUGGAUGAUGAUAAUUACGUGCUCCCGGAGGCCCUCCUCUCCCUGCUCUCAGCCUUUCCCCAGGACGGCGACAUCUACGUGGGCAAACCGAGUCUGGACAAGCCCAUCACUGCACAUGAACUGCUGGAGGGCAAUGCAACGAGGGAAGUGCGGUUCUGGUUCGCUACAGGAGGCGCAGGAUUCUGUCUGAGCCGGCAGCUGGCGGAGAAGAUGGCUCCAUGGGCCAGUGGCUCAAGGUUCGAGCAGACUUCGGCUACCAUCCGUCUCCCUGACGACUGUACGGUGGGCUUCAUCGUGGAGAAGAGGCUGGGCAUCUCCAUGGUCCACUGUCCUUUAUUCCACUCCCACCUGGAAAACCUGCUGCUCAUCAGCCACAGAAGCAUUCCACACCAGGUGACUCUGAGCUAUGGGAUGUUUGAGAACAAGAUGAACAGCAUUGAGGUAAAAGGACGCUUCUCUAAGGAGGAAGACCCAUCCAGGUUUAGGACUGUCCACUGCAUGCUGUAUCCUUUCACCAGCUGGUGUCCUUGAACACUUUAUGGGAAAACAACACCUUCCAAACACACAUGGGAUAAGACUGGUAAUCCUGCUGGAUCAAGUACUUUUCCUGGGUAUUGUCUAAAUGCAG